UGGUAGUUGCUCGAGCGGUCUGUAUAGUCUGCUAAUGUUUGAAAUUUACAAACAAAAAAAAAAUAAUAUAAAAAAUAAAAAUUUUAUACAGUGACAAAACAUAAAAAUGAUUUAUUUACCUAAUUAUCAUUUAUCAAUAUUAUAAAAGUGUAUAACAAUGUCAAGAGAUAUAUUUUCUUGAUUAAAAUUAUUGACAUUUGAAAUUAAUUCAAAUUGAAUGAUUUGUAUAAUCAAAAGUCAAUAAUGACUAUUCGUCUAAAUUUGACUCGUAGCCGUCCUAUUCGAGCAUUAAGUGGCUUUGCCGUAAGAUGUUGGGCACUUUCUGGCAUUUAUCUUUUUGGUUGUAUAAUUUUGUAUUGGCUCUAUGGAGGAAUAUUUACAUUUUUUCUCCUUUGCUUUGCCACAACUGGAGUACUUUAUCAUAUGGAAGAUGAACUUUUAUAUUAUCCAGAAAUUCCAAAACAUUCACGAGUUUAUGUUCCUGCUCCAUCAACGUGUAAUUUGCCUUAUCAAAGUUUAUUCAUUCGAUCAAAAGACGGUAUAAUGUUACACAUGUUUUUUAUUCCUCAAAAAGAGGAUAAAAUUAAAAGAGCACCAACAAUACUUUUUCUUCAUGGAAAUGCCGGAAAUAUGGGACACAGGCUUCAAAAUGUAGUUGGCCUCUAUGAAAAACUUGAGUGUAAUAUUCUAAUGUUAGAAUAUAGGGGUUUUGGAUUAUCUCAAGGAUCACCGUCUGAAGAAGGAUUGUAUAUGGAUGCUCGAGCGGGAAUCGAGUAUCUAGCAACUCGUAGUGACAUUAAUUCUAAUGAAAUAAUUGUCUUCGGAAGAUCUUUAGGUGGAGCCGUCGCUAUAGAUUUAGCUAGUAAACCCGAGUAUGCACAACGAAUUUGGUUUCUUAUUUUAGAAAACACAUUUACCAGUAUUCCCGAUAUGUCUACCAUUCUUAUUGGACCGAAAUUACGAUACCUUCCAUUAACAUUUUACAAAAAUAAAUAUUUGUCUCUACAAAAAAUGAGAACACUUGUAAUACCAACAUUAUUUAUUUCUGGACUAGCUGAUAAAUUAGUACCACCGAAAAUGAUGAAAAAAUUAUAUAAAGCCUGCAGAAGUCCUUGUAAAAAAUUAAUUCCAAUACCGGCAGGCUCACAUAAUGAAACAUGGCGUAGGGCAGAAUAUUUUCAACAAAUAUUAACAUUUAUGAAUGAUAUAAGAGAAAAACCACCUAAUAGAACAGCUAACGAUUGUUGGCAAAUUGAUCAUGUCUAGUCUUUAAAAUUCUAAAUUUUUUUUUUACAAAAAUUGAUCCGUCGUAUCAGCCAAUCGCUUAUUUGAAAUUUAAUAAAGAACCUCUAUUUUUAUCUAGAGAUAAACACACUUUUCAGAGAUAUCGCAAAUCUAUACAUCCAAAUCGAAUUUAUUUUAAAAUCUAAAAUCUAUUUAAUU